ACGUGCUCGCCUUGAUGAACGGCUGUCCCCAUUUUCUUCUCUCUCCCCACUUCUACUCCUUUGCCAUUAUCAAUUUCUCAACAAAAAAAAUCCUUCUUUGUCUUUUUCCCUUUUGUUUAGUCAAAUUCUUUUGUUACCAACAACUUAUAUUGGUCUCUUCAAUUGGGGGGCCUAUUUAUUUUCCCUCAUUUCUCUUUCAACAAACUCAUUUUUGUGUUAUAUAGCUUCAAUGUUGAAGUGGGUGUCGGUUUCUUUGCUCUACUAGGUGAAAAAAAGUAAAAAAUCUCAGGAUAAGAAUUGGUUACCAGUAACUCAAUGGAGACACUAAAUUCACCAGCUACAAUGACCUUUCCCAGAGAGCCUGCCAACUUUGAUGAGGUUUCUAUGCAUCAAAGCAUGCUCUUUUCCGAUAGUCUUAAGGAUUUGAAGAAUCUGAGGAAACAACUUUACUCAGCAGCUGAAUAUUUUGAAUUAUCUUAUUCUAAUGAUGAGCAAAAAGAUGUUGUGGUAGAUACGUUGAAAGAGUAUGCUAUUAAAGCACUUGUGAACACCGUGGAUCAUUUAGGCUCUGUGACAUAUAAGGUCAGUGAUCUCUUGGAUGAAAAAGUUGAUGAAGUUUCUGGAACAGAGCUGCGUAUCUCUUGCAUUGAGCAGAGACUAAAGACAUGCCAGGAGUACAUUGAUAAUGAGGGUCUGUCGCAGCAAUCAUUGGUUAUUCAUACUCCUAAGUAUCACAAGCGAUAUAUAUUACCAGUUGGCGAGACAGCGGAUGGUGGUAACCUUACCAAGUUACAGUACCAAGGGUGUAGUCUUGACGAUCAAGAUGAUUGGAAUCAAUUUAGAAAUGCUGUGCGAGCAACAAUUAGAGAGACUCCACCACCUGCAGCUGGGAAAGGAUUCUCCCCAUCACCUACUCCACGUCUUCUUCAGCAGUAUGGAAAAUUUUCGUUCUCCGGAACCACACCAAAAAAGGAAUUAGACAAGCGGACAGUUUCACCGCAUCGGUUUCCUCUUUUACGAACUGCAUCUCUUGCUAGUCGGACAACCACCCCCAAAAGUUCUAGGCCAACCACCCCAAAUAAGAGUCGGCCUACUACUCCAAACCCUUCUAAUGGGAGACGGUACGCUGCGGAGCCUCGUAAAUCAGCUUCAAUGCGACUUUAUGCUGACAAUAUAAACACCAAAGAUCCUGAGCAACAUUCCAGCAAAAGUAAACGUCUGCUUAAAUCUUUGCUCAGUCGACGCAAAUCAAAGAAAGAUGAAACGCUAUAUACAUACAUAGAUGAAUAUUAACAGGAACAAGUUCAAAGAAAAAUGUGACUAAAGGAGGGGUGGAUGUGGUGGCACUUGCAGCUGGAAACCAGGAACAUGAUCUUUUGCUUGUAUUGCAUUAGUGCUUCUCCAGUUGUUACACGGAAAAUCAGGGACAGGCUUUUUUAUUAGUGCACUGCUUACCUUUCCUCAAUUGUAUAUUAAAUUUUGGCAAUGUAUUGACAGUUUAUAAACACAAUUAUAAAGACUUGAUUAGUUGUCCUGGACAUCGUCUUGACAGAUCAUGAAGUAAUAUAGUGUCCGUUUGGACAAAAUUUGAGUUGAAAA